AGGGCCUCCCUUGCCCCCACCCUUCCUGCAUCCUGGAAGGGAGGAGUCUGCCCUGGCAGCUGCCUGAACCUGUUUGAUCUGCCACCUGUCCAGUGCCACUCCUGAAGGAAGCCAAAGAGAGGGAAAUCAUCCUGGCGGUGCUGUGUGGCAGUGGCUCCCUCUGCUCAGCUCCCUCUGAGAUGCCCAUGGAGGUCCCACCCCACGUGCAGUCUGAUGCCCGUCCGGCCCUCUGACCCCCUGGAAUGGAAUGAGCCUAUGCACCCCCUCCGGAUCAGCGUGGGGGGCCUUCCCGUGCUGGCGUCCAUGACCAAGGCCGCGGACCCCCGCUUCCGCCCCCGCUGGAGGGUGAUCCUGACUUUCUUCGUGGGUGUUGCCCUACUCUGGCUGCUCUACUCACACCGUCCGGCCCCGAGCAGGCCCCCCCCUCACAAUGCACACAACUGGAGGCCUGGCCGCCCGCCCGCCACCCGGUACAAUGACACCUACCCCCUGUCGGCCCCCCAGAGGACACCAGGAGGGAUUCGGUAUCGGAUCGCAGUCAUUGCCGACCUGGACACGGAGUCCAGGGCUCAGGAGGAGAACACCUGGUUUAGUUAUCUGAAGAAGGGCUAUCUGACCCUGUCAGACAGCGGGGACAAGGUGGCUGUGGAGUGGGACAAAGACCACGGGGUCCUGGAGACCCACCUGUCGGAGAAGGGGCGGGGCAUGGAGCUCUCGGACCUGAUCGUCUUCAAUGGGAAACUCUACUCUGUGGACGACCGGACGGGGGUCAUCUACCAGAUCGAGGGCACCAAGGCUGUGCCCUGGGUGAUCCUGUCUGAUGGUGAUGGAACAGAGGAGAAAGGCUUCAAAGCUGAGUGGCUGGCCGUGAAGGAUGAGCACCUGUACGUGGGCGGCCUGGGCAAGGAGUGGACCACCACCACGGGGGAGGUGAUGAACGAGAACCCCGAGUGGGUGAAGGUGGUGGGCCACAAGGGCAGCGUGGACCACGAGAACUGGGUGUCCAGCUACAACGCUCUGAGGGCCGCCGCUGGGAUCCGGCCGCCAGGCUACCUGAUCCAUGAAUCCGCCUGCUGGAGUGACACACUGCAGCGCUGGUUCUUCCUGCCGCGCAGGGCCAGCCACGAGCGGUACAGCGAGAAGGAGGAUGAGCAGAGGGGCACCAACCUCCUCCUGAGCGCCGCCCCCGACUUCGGGGACAUCUCCGUCAGCCGCGUGGGGGAGCUGGUGCCCACCCACGGCUUCUCCUCCUUCAAGUUCAUCCCCAACACCGAUGACCAGAUCAUCCUGGCCCUCAAGUCCGAAGAGGACAGCGGCAGGAUCGCCACCUACAUCAUGGCCUUCACUCUCGACGGCCGGCUCCUCCUGCCGGAGACCAAGGUCGGAAGCGUGAAGUACGAAGGAAUAGAGUUCAUCUAAGCCGGCCCAUUCCCACGUCAAGUGCGGCUGAAGGCUGGAUGGUAUUAGCAGCGUCAGGACUCGAUUUGUAUAAAAACUGGAGGAGCAUGCUUUGAUUUGGCUUUUCCUUUUGGUAACCAUGAGGAGUCCAUCUAGCCUAGCGAUUUCCAGAAUGGAGAGUUCCUCAGGACAAGUGCAGCAGCCGGGGUGUGACAUCCUGGCACCGGGAAAGGCAGCGGUCACGCAGCAGUCACUUUGUCCCUGAGUGCCUGACCGGGGCUUCUGCACACUGCCUCACGGGUGUACAGAAUGGCCCCUGAGGACACCCUGCCUGGGGCUCUGGCCCAGAAUUCCCUGCGCCCUACCUCCUUCCAUGCCACCUCCCAUGCCUUCCGCUGUGUUCUCUGUUCUGUGACUGUGGGAGCACUUGGUGUGUCCCCCGUCCUGGGAGCAGGCCCCUCUUCUUCCUCCUUGUCAGCCAGGUCCCACACACCCCUGCAAGACCCCUGGAAAGUGAAUGUUUACACUGUGGGAACGGCCUGGCCACAGGGGCCCAGGCCCCUGAGGGCCGGCUGCCUGAUUUGUCCAUUCAGCGUAUGUUCCCUACCGAGCUGCUCCUGACCCGCACACCUUCCCACCACCACGACGCCGCCCUUCAGGAGGGCGCGAGGGCUGUGUGACACUUGCAGUUUAA